AUGUCUUCCGGGGUCCUAGCUAGCUUAUCUAACUUAGAAGAACUUUAUCUUAGAGUCAGGAAUUUCCAUUGGGAGGAAAAGAAUUCCAUUCUUGCAGACCUCAAAUCUCUUUGUCAUCAGCUAAAAGUUCUUGAGAUUUCAAUAACAGGAAUUCAUAAUUUUCCUAAAGAUUUCGAGUUAAAAAGCUUGGUUAAGUUCUGGAUCUAUGUGAGAGACCCAACUACUCUUUCUCAUGGCUUUGGUCGUCGAGGAUAUCUACAUCCUAACAUCCUUAAACUAAACAGUGUGUACCAUAAGGACAUUAAAGAGAAUGUGGCAAUUCAACAAUUGCUUAAGAAAUCUGAAAUUCUCAACCUUGUGAAUGUAAAACAAUUAGAAAACUUGAUCUGUGAGUUGGAUGAAGAAGGUUUUCCGCACUUAAAAAAUCUCAGCAUUGAAUUCUGCAACGAACUGAAGUAUUUAACAGAUGAAACUGUCUAUGCUUCAAGUUGUGUCUUCCCACUGGUUCAAUCAUUGUCUAUGCACAAUUUGGACAAUUUAAGGGAGAUAUGCCAUGCCAAGACUUUCACCUCUAGUUGCCAAUGCUUUGGCAGUUUGAGUGAUCUCAAAGUAGAAUUCUGCAACAAGUUGAAGUAUAUCUUUUCACCAUCUCAGAAGUCAAGUGUUGGGAUGCUCGAACGCUUGCAGGUGACUGAAUGCUAUGGGAUUGAAUGUAUGUUCUCCAAACAAAUCCAUGAUGGGAAUUCAGUGAUCAAGUUCACAAAUCUAGUGGAACUGAAGCUACAAGAACUCCCAAGCCUUGUUGGGUUCGCUAUACCGGAUCAUAACAACGAGCUUCAUCUCUUAGAAUCCCAGGUUCAAGAACAGAAGCUUGAAGAUGGUCAACAUCUGCUAGGGUCCAACUCAGUAUUAGGAGCUGACGCAUCCGUUCACAUUGGCGGUACACUAUUUGAAUCCAAAUGGAUGCCCCAGUUCCCAAAAUUGGAGAAAAUCUUAUUACUUGAGUGCUCUUUGUUAGAUACUGUCUUUGACUUGAAACAGUCGGAAAUCGAAGGCCAGCCAGGUCCUAUGCUAUUUUCUCAGCUCAAAGAAAUAGAGAUAUCUUGGCUUAGCAAGCUAAGAAAUAUUUGGAGUAAUGUUCCAAGUUAUAUUCAAGGCUUUCAGAACUUGAGAUCACUCAAAGUCAAGAAAUGUGAUGCUUUAAGAAGCAUCUUCAUUCCCACCGUUGCCAGAACACUCACAAAGCUUCAGAAGUUGGUGAUACACAGCUGCCAGUUGAUGGAGAAAGUUGUUGGGGAUGAUGAUGGAGGAGAACAAGAGGAAGUGGAAACUCUUCUGUUUGCCAAGUUAGAUUCUUUGACACUUAAGCAUCUCCCAAACCUUGUGAGUAUUUGUCCAGAUUGCUAUGAGCUAGCCUGGCCAUCUCUGAGAUAUUUAUGCAUUGAAGGAUGUCCCCAGCUGAAGACAUCUUCAUUGCCAAUUCAAGACCUAGCAAAGGAAGAGAAUCUCAGCAACUCCUUUUCAGAUUCUACCCUCCAGGAUAUUGGUUUCAGCACUCCUAGGUUUCUCCCUUGUUGCCUUGGAUGCACCCAAUCAAGCAUUGAGAUUUCCAACUCAAUGGCCAAAUCAAAUUUCCGAGCAGGAAAGAUCAGCAACCAGGCUAAUUUGACGAGAGACCAUAUAUCUUCUCAUGUCAAGGAAAUAUAUACUAGAGAAGAAAUGAGGUCCUACAUGCCAAAUCUGGAACAGCUUCAAGUCAAAGGCUGGGAUUCAUUAGAUGCUAUAUUCCAGCUUGAACAAAACCAGCGUUCCAAGGCUAGUGCAAACUGUAUAGUAAAACUGAUGCCCACGUUGACAAGUCCAGUGGAAAUCACAGGCUUCAACAACCUCACGCUGCUAAGUUUAGAAGCUUGUCACAAUUUAAGAUAUCUGUUCUCUCAUUCCAUAGCAAGGCUUCUUGUGAAAUUGCAAGAUGUGAAGGUAUCAAACUGUAGGAUGGUGGAGCAACUGGUCAAAAGCGAAGAUGGCUCAGUUGUAUCUUCUUCUGCAAACUCUCCUGAAGUUUUUGAGAAUGCAUUACCAAAUCAUGCAACAUCCAUCUCCAAAGAUUCAUUUGUCUUGGAGUUUCCAUCCCUGAAGAGAAUCACCAUUAUUAACUGCAGCGUGUUAGAAGUUAUCAUCAAGAAUGGAGAGUGGACAACAGACCUGACUUCAUUUGAUCAAGUACAGUCUCUUACUUUAAGCCGUCUGCCAAAUCUUGUGAGCUUCUGCUGCCAACCUUGUAUUCCUGAGCAGCCAUAUUUAAAGAAAUACAGAGGCAACGGCCAUCAUCAAGAAGAUCAGGUUGCUUAUGAUGAACAGAGAAUGAUAAGGAAUGCUCCUUCUAUAAACCGCUUUUGGUUUUCACAUCUAACAUACCUAGGGGUAAAAGAAUGCAAAAAAAUUAGCUGUUUGUUCUCUACAUCAUCUUCAGCAAGUCUUGUGCAUCUGCAAGAGCUAGAGAUAUGUGAUUGUGAGAACAUAAAGGAAAUAGUAUCAAAGGAAGAAAUUCAUGCAAACUUUUUCAAGAUUGUGUUCCCUAGAUUGAAGCGUCUGAAACUUGAAUGCCUGUCCAAACUUGAAGCCUUCUGCCAUGGUUCCUAUGACUUGGAUUUCCCGUUACUGCAAGAAGUGUGUUUUGGAAAUUGCCAUAGGAUGGAGGUAUUCUCAUAUGGAUUUCCAAACACUCCAAAGCUAAAAGGUAUUACCAUGAAAGUUGGAAACCUUACCAAAGUCAUAUGGAUGGGAGAUCUGAACACCACUGCUCAACUUUCCAAAGGAAUUGAAGCAACGGGAGAGCAAUUCUUAUGGGGUUAUGGCUACUCACAGUUAGCUUUUCAAACAUCAGAGAAUCUUGGCUGGCUCAAGCAGGAACAAGGCAUGCUUAGCUACUUUAUGAAAGAAACAGAGAUGACUGUUGAAAGCUUUCAAAGUUUACUGACUCUAGUCCCAUCCAAUGUGAUGCACUUGUUUCAGAAUCUGAAGAACCUCAUAGUAAAGGGCUGUGGUUCACUGAUUGAAGUGUUUGAAUCAGAAGGAAUAAACAAAAAGAAGAGGCAUAGCAUGAUACACUAUGAGCUAGAAGUCAUGAACUUGCUUUUUCUUCCUAAGUUGAUUCGCAUAUGGAAAAAUCAUGAAGAGAUUUUGGACUUCCAGAAUCUGAGAAUAUUGAAGGUUGAAUACUGUGGCAAUUUGAAGGGUAUACUGUCACCUUCUAUGGCCAAAAGUCUUGUCCAGCUACAACACCUUCGUGCAUACAGUUGUCAAAUGAUGGAGGAGAUAGUAAUGAAGGAAGCUGAAGAAGAAUCUGAAGGAGCAAAUAAAGCUGAGAUAUUGUUUCCGUUGCUGAACAAGUUGGAGCUUCGUCAUCUCCCCAGUCUCAAAUGUUUUUCCUCAGAAAGUGUAGACUUUGAACUUCCCUUCUGCGAAGAAAUGGUAAUUGAAAAAUGCCCAAAGAUGACGACCUUUUCCUAUGGAGCUGUAAGUAUACCAAAGCUUUCUAAUAUAUACAAAGGUUCCUAUGAGUAUGUAGACAUCAUGGGAGACCUUAAUAUGACAAUCUACCAAGCUCAUUCAGGAGAUUUGAAGGCAGCAUUUCAAAGAUCAAAGACAAUCAAUUGGAUUGAGCAAGAUAAAAUCCUACUUGGCUACAUAACAAGAGUAACAGAGCUGGUCGUUGAAGGUUGCGAGAAGCUGUUGAACUGUGUUCCAUCCAACAUGCUGCAUAGACUGCAGCAUUUGAAACAGCUCAAGGUCCGAGAAUGUUGUUCACUGGUGGAGAUAUUUGAAUCAGAAGGAGUAGAAGCAAAUGAAGAUAAAGAGCAUGCUAAUGCUAUGACAUUGUAUGAAUAUAAUCUGCAAGAAAUGCAUUUGUGCUCUCUACCCAAACUAAUGCACAUGUGGAAAAACCAUGGUGAAGUAGUCUUAGGUUUUCAUAAUCUUAGAAAGCUAAACAUCGGGUGUUGUGAUGGUUUAAGAAGUGUGUUCCCUCCUUCCACAGCCAGGACCCUUCUGCAACUGCAAGAACUAUCAGUUUAUGAAUGUGAGAUGAUAGAGGAGAUAGUCACAACAGAGAAGGAAGGAGAGUCCAGCAAGGCCAAGAAGAUUGUAUUCCCAGAACUGAAGUGGCUGACCCUUUUAAGUCUUCCCAACCUUAAAUGUUUCUGCUCGAGUAAUUACCAGCUUGAGAUGCCGUCUUACAGGGAAAUAACUAUUAAGGAUUGCUCAAAAAUGGAGAGUUGUUGUUAUGAAACCAUGAGCGCUCUGUGA